GCACACACACACACACACACACACACACACACACGUCUUCCAAUCUGAGGUGCUCUGAGCCACACUGUUUCAUCUGCUGCUAUCAGGCUGAUGAGAGCCUCUUGUCUUUCUGGGUCUGCUGCAGCUGCUGUUUGACACAGAAAUGCUGUGAAGGCAUGUCUGCGCCUUGUUGGUGUUGCUUUGUGAGCCGGCAAUAAGAGUUCAAUUACAUUUCAUCAUUUUGUGGUUGUUUAAUGGUCUUAUCAUCAUGAUAUCCAUGUGGCUGUCGGUGAUUGUCAUGCUGGUGGCAUUUGUGAAUGGAGCGAGAAAUGAGGAUGACGUAGAGCCGUGUGCAAAGGUCCAGACGGACAGCUCCGUGGUGCCUUUGGGGUCGCCCGUCAGAGCCACCUGUGUCAUCAGAAAGACCUGCCCUCUCGUCGUUGGACAGACUUUUCACAUAGAGUGGCGACACGGAGAACACUUAUUCCCCGGCAACCUCUCAGCCAAUGAGAGCAGCAUCGUGUCUGAGGUUUUUAUACCGAGCUUCAAUCACACCAGGAGUUUCCUCGCCUGCUGCGUCCGGGCCUCGACUGUUCAAGUGGUCGGAGGAGUGGAGAUCAGAGCUGGAUAUCCACCAGAAGCACCGCAGAACACCAGCUGUCAGACGAACCUCACCACCCCCAACACCCUGACCUGCAGCUGGGACCCUGGGCAGCAGGAGACCCACCUGCUCACAAAGUACAGCCUCCACACAGAGAUAUGGGACACAAAUGAGAACUUCACUUACAAGCUGCCUGCAGGAGUCCACCGUUACAUUAUCCCUCGCACCGGCUUUGGCCUUUUCUCAGAUAUGAAAAUAUACGUGAAGGCAGUGAAUGAACUCGGAGAAACCACCUCAGAACCCAUUAUAUUAGAGCCAGUCAGUGCAGCUAAGCUUGACCCACUGAUUCUGAAGAUUCAAGCGGUGCCAAGACGGUACGGCUGCCUGCAGCUGAGCUGGAGCUUAUCUCAGCAGCAGGCCUGGAUGGGUGAAUUCCGCCUGAACCUGGAAGUCCGACUUAAGACUGCUGACAGCCCCGACUGGAGUGCACAGCCAUUCCUGGUAAACCGGGUUAAACAAACCAAAUCUGUGGACCAGUGUCGUCUCCGUCCUGGGACGCAGUAUCUGGCCCAGAUCAGGGUCCGGUACCAGCAGAGCCCCUGGAGCGAGUGGAGCCGCCGGCAGUCUGGAGUCACCUUGGAGACGGCUCCCACUGGACGCCUAGACUCGUGGACGAAGGUAUCGGGGGAUCACCUGCACAAACAACUCAACAUACAGUUGUUUUGGAAGCCAUCAAAACAAUUCCGCGCCAACGGCCAGAAUGUGUCAUACAUUGUCUCAGGGAAGAAGCUGCCAGGUGCGAAUGGAAAGGUGUGCUCUACAAAGGGGAAUUACUGUACUUUCCAGCUUCCCGAGAGAGCAAAGAAAGUGUAUCUGAGAGCUGUAAAUGCAGCAGGAAGAUCCCGCCCUACUGAAGUUCGGAUUUACCGACCAAAAGAUCGUGCAGUGGUAUCAGGCGUCUCAGUCAUUCCUCAGGAUGACAGAUCUCUACUGGUUCAGUGGAAAAGCCUGGUUUCCUCCACUCUCACUGGCUUUGUGGUGGAAUGGAGACCAUUGUUAAAAACAGACCUCUCUCUCACCCAAUUUGAAAUAACCGACAGAAACAAGACAAGCCUUGUAAUAACAGGCAGCUUUGAGCCCUACAAGCCCUAUGGGAUCUCUGUAUAUCCCAGGUUUAAGGAUGGAAUAGGCCUUCCUCAGACUGUUAAUGCCUACUUGAGACAAAAGGCUCCAUCCAUGGUUCCGAAAAUACAAAUAAAAAAGAGCUGGCAGUCACAUGUCGAGCUCACCUGGGAUGAAAUACCGUUAGACCAAAGGAACGGGAACAUCCAGAGCUACAAAGUCUUCUACUGUGAUAAGCAGGGAACCAUUAACGUUGUGGGAGCUGAACCAGGAGAGAGGAGGGUGGUCCUGAAAGGCCUCAACACCGAGUCUGUGUAUGAAGCUUUCAUGAUGGUUAGCACGUCUGGUGGGAGCUCGAACGGAUCAACGAUUCGUUUUAAAAUUGAGCCUUUUGAUGCGGUUGCUGUUGUGACGUUUUCGACUGUGUCGGGUGUUGGGAUGUCAUUUCUGCUUAUGAUCGUAGUCAUGACUUGUUUCUCCAACCAAAAAAGGCUGAAGCUGCGUUUUUGGCCAGCUGUUCCGGAUCCGGCUAAUAGCAGCAUCAAGAGAUGGACAUCAGAAUCAACACAGGAUUCCCAUCUUGACUGGGACAAUGAGGAACCCAACCCGAUGUACCUGUCCCACCUGAGCUUCCUGGAGUUCCCUGCGAAACUCAGUAAGGAGGACGAUGACGCCUGGUUAAGCAACGCAGAGGACACCAGUGACCUGGGAGAAUCCAUUUGCGGUUCACCCUUCCUCCCUGGCUACUCUGGUUCCAACUGCGACUCUGUUCCUUACGCCACUGUGAUCUUCUCUGGUCCCUGCGACAGCCCUACAUCCAAAGACCCUCAUGCGUACCUGCGCUCUGAGUCCACGCAGCCCCUCCUGGAGACUGAAGAAUCCUUCACUCCAAAGUGCUACCAGAAUAUGGCCACUGAUGAGCAAUGUUUCUUUGGACCGUGCCAUGAUUGCGUACCUGAAAAAGGUACAGACCCACGGAUUCUGUGGGAUGACUUUCCUUUUCUACGAGCGUUGGCCUUGAAUGAUUCUCAAAUUGACUAAAAUACUUGAUUCUAAGAGUAGCUGCUUUUGCAAGAUGUUCAUGUAGAUUUGGGUUUGUGUAAUGAGAUGAUUGUGAUAAGUUGAUUCUGCUGAGUGCACAGCUGUAAAUGCAUGCAGGGUUUAAUGAUAAAAUCACUUUAAGAUGUAAUGAUUUUGAUGUCCAUACUUUCUCUGUACCACUUCAUGAGAAGUAAAUAUUGUAAAGAAUUUUGUGUUUUGUAUAUGUUCUGAUAAACGGGAUUUUGACUGAU